UCGAACCAUCUAUUAAAACAGAAAGCCCGUAGCUUAUUACAGAUUUUCAAAUAUUUGGUUUUGAAUAUUCAGUAAAAAUGUUAACUCCUUCAAGACGAAUUCUUUUUGAAAAUACCCCUUUUUACUAUCCAUUUGGUAACACCGGUGCCGAAAACGCACUGGAAGACUUCAACUGUCGGUCACUAGACGAAAUCAAGGUCCUAUUUUUGGGAUGUGGCGACUUGAGGAACGCGCUAAAAACUGUGGCCAAUAACAAGAAACAAAAGUUAUAUAUUCAUCUAAAUGACUGGAACCCUUCCAUUAUUGCUCGAAAUAUUUUGAUGCUAAAAGUGAUUUCAGCGUCGGAUUUUGAUACCAAUAAUGAAGAUGAUGUUGCCUUUUUAUGGGAUCUUUGGUAUAACGCCGAAUGGCCAGAAGCCACACGUCAGAAAUUUAAUUUGGUUUUAAAGGAACUAUUGGACAAUGCGUUACCAGAAAAUGUUGUUAUUCCGAAAAGCAAAUGCUUGCAAAGCUUGCAAUCUGUGUGGCGCUAUUGGAAUCAUGUUUCUUCUAAAUCAAAAUCUGAAGGGAAGCUUCUCAUGGAUAAAAUGCACGAAGAAAGAAACAACGCAAUGUUGAAGGGCUGGAUCAGAUCGAAUCCCAAGAUCAAUGAUGAGCAGGACAAUCCUACGAUACCGGAAGCCGCAAUAGAGGGAUUUACACGAAAUUUAGCGUCAAAAUUCGAAGAUGACGUUCAAGACUCAACCAAAGUGUUGAUAGAAAAAGAAGUUCGUCUGUAUUUCUCAACAGGUACCUGUAGCUUGCAUAGUGGAAUGCGAAAUGUAUGCGUCAACCCAACGUUGCUCGACCAUACUACCUAUCGCUGGCAAGUCCACUACCAAUUAUGCCCUUUUGACGGCUACUUUCCAUUGACUCGAGAAGAACUUGACACGUCAGAUAAUAAAGGAAUACUGAUCCGAACAUGCCAGAAAAUACUUCGGGGCUUUGUGGCUGAAUUUAAAAAGCGCAGUGACAAAGUCAAAAUCUUUUUCCACCUAGAAGACGCCCUGGAGUUUUGCCUCUCUGAAUCGAUCUUGUCGUUUGACGUGAUUGAUUGUUCCAACUUGGCGGAUCACGUUGGAUUAGUAAACUUGAUCAACGCUUGUGAGAAGAAAUUAAUGGAUACCCCCGAAGCUGUGUUGUAUACCGAGUCCAUGUUGUGGCCAUCGUUGGCACCCUCUCUAUUAAAGUACAUCGAAGAAGCCCUUUGCUGCCCGCUGAGCAUGAUUCCAACGAUUUAUGGAUUGAGACUGGCAACUCACGUCGAAUUCGGCUCUAACAAGCCUAUAAACUUACGCCAACAAAUGGCGAAUGCCUUCAAGCUGUGCUGGAAAAAAGUUUUGCCAUUUGGAAAUUUAUCGCUCAGCCCUUCCCCAACUUUGACUCGCUGCCUUGAUCAGCUAACGCAGAAAUGUUUCACAUCAAAUGAGUUAAGCCAAUGGCAGGGUGCAGGGGUAAGAUGCGGAAUGUCAUGCUAUUCCCCACUUACCUUUAAUUACGUGUUGGAUUCCAUGGCCCAGCGCGUUGGAGGGACUGAAUGUUUGAGAAACCUCAAAAUUCACGAAUUGGACUUUUAUUCAGCAUUUAAUUUGGCGCAACGAACAGCACAAGCCUGGAGAAAUGGUCAAGCAAUUUCAAAGGUGUCAUUUGAUAUCCAAACAAAUGUUUAUCCUCUAAUGGGAACGCCCUUAAUCAGGAUCUUAUUGAUCCCGAUUGAAAAACUUAUAAAUUCCUAUGUAUUGCAAUUGGUUUCCAGUGACUUUGAAAAAAAUCUACCCAAAUUAUCUGAAUUGAAUAUCCAUGUCAUCGAUAACUGUGAGAUUAAAAUCAAAAAGACUCGUGAUUGUGAAAUGGAAACAAUCAGCGUUUCCUUUUUGCUUGUGCCCGGCCACGGUCUCGAAAAAACUCAUGCGGUAUACAUCUUUGAUGCUUAUAUUGGGUUACCGAUUACUCUGAUUGAAGAAAUAUCGAAGAUGCGAGUGGAAGCUUUUCAUCAACCUUAUCCGUGGCGUUCUAAAGGAUCUGCACUUCCUCUGGCCAACAGCAAUGGAUUGCAAGUUAACAACUGCGUCGAAUCUGAGGACUCCUUCGUCCUUCAGAUAGUGGUUGAAAGUAGUAGCAAGAAUAUUUCAGGUUUAAAUGUCGCCACGAACCAACGUCUACCUUGUGAGUCAGCCCACGAUGUCAUUAUAUCGUUGAGUCAACCAAAGAGCAUCAAACCGUUGAAAUUAUCUUUCCCUUAUCCCAUCAUGGUCAACGAGAUUCGUGCUACUCUUCACCGCAAGGAUCGUUCAAUCAACCUCGUCUUAAAAAAGGCCCUCUACGAACCCUGGCCUCAUGAAUUUCACAAUCAACAAUCAAGAUGGAUUGUGUUGGAUAGCCUAAAACUGUGGGAAGAUAGAAACACUGUACAAUCGUUGGGAUUGCAUCUCGGCUUUCAGUUCAAACUGAGUGAUAUCAAAAAUAUGCCCUUGACAAACAAAUCUGCUUUAAAUGAAGUUCGAGACACCAUCAAACAUUUUUUUAAUUAUGCAACUGUCCAUGGCAGAAACGAAUAUUUCGGCAUCCGUAGGAAGGAUUCAACCCAAAGCCCUGAUUGGUGCAUCCGAGCACAUCUGCCUGUUCGAAUUUCACCUGUGGGCAGUCCACUUUUGAUCCUGUCAGCUGUUGACCAUCGGCUAGCCGAAAAUCUUACUAAGCAAGGAAAACUGAAUAAGAAUGAUGAUUUUAAUGAUUAUGUACGAAUUUAUGCACAACCGUCGAAUGGAAGCCAAAAUCGUACGAUUUUUACUUUCACGUCAGAAGAGGAGCAGCUGCUGCGCUAUAUUCUACGACUGAAUUCGACCCAAAUCGUACCCACCACUUGGCAAAAGAAGAAUCUUCCCCAAGGAGAAAACAGUCCAUGGCUGGCUACCUUCAUAUCACCACUCUACGAUGACCAUCCAAUGGAUCAAGCAUCGCUCGAUGCCUGUCAAAAGACAGAAGGAAUAAAUCCAAAGGGGAAAAGCUGCGCAUUCUGCAAGAAAAUUUCCGAAAAUCUGAAGCGUUGCAGUCGCUGCCGCACCGUCGUUUACUGCAGGGUCGAGUGUCAGCGUGGGCAUUGGACUCUGCACAAAACCGUCUGUACUAAUACUUGUCAAAAGUGAAAACGAUUUUGGAAAAAUGUUUUGAUGCAAUAC